CCGCUAUGGCGGGCUGCGGCUGGGCCCGGGCCGUGCGGGGGCUGCUGCUCGAUGUCAGCGGGGUUCUCUACGACAGCGGCGCCGACGGCGGCGUCCCCAUCGCCGGCUCGGCCGAGGCCGUGCGCAGGAUCAAGGCCUCUGGGCUGAAGCUGCAGCUCUGCACCAACGAGACCCAAGCCACCCGGGAGAACUUUGUGAGGAAGCUGCGGGCCAUGGGCUUCGACGUCUCGGAGGCCGAAGUGACGGCGCCGGCGCCGGCCGCCUGCCGCCUCCUGAGGGAGCGCGGCCUGAGGCCGCACCUGCUGGUGCACCACGAUCUUGUGCCUGAAUUUGCUGAGAUCGAUAAGACAAACCCAAACUGUGUGGUUCUUGGAGAUGCAGCAGAAAACUUCACCUAUGCAAACCUUAAUGAGGCUUUCCGACUUCUGAUUGGGAUGGAGAAGCCUGUUUUGAUCUCCCUUGGGAAAGGACGCUACUAUAAAGAAACCGAUGGUCUGAAACUUGAUGUUGGAGCAUAUAUGAAGGCAUUAGAGUAUGCUUGUGAUAUCCAGGCUGAGGUGGUGGGGAAACCAGCAAAAAGUUUUUUUGAGUCAGCCCUGGCAGAACUGGGAAUUCCACCAGAGCAGGCCAUCAUGAUCGGGGAUGACAUCGUGAAUGAUGUCGGGGGAGCCCAGCAGUGCGGGAUGAGAGCGCUGCAGGUGCGGACGGGCAAGUACAGGAAAACGCUGUGUGAAAGUAGCAGGAAGGGGAGGACAGAGUGUCUUUGAUCUUUUGAAGAAAUACUUCCUGCUAAAUGCCUGCUGUAUUUUUUUUUUUCAUCUCAGCACGUAGAACUGAUGUAUUUCCUGGGGUUUGCUUAUUUUUUUUUCCUACUGCUGCAUGAAAAUGUUGUACACUUGAUGUAAGACGUGUCUGAAACCCCUGGCAGGGUUAGGAUUAUAAAAUUAGACUGUUGACUCAGCCAUCCCUGUGGGUCAUCUCUCACAGCUUUAGGAAGGGCUCCAUAUGUCUGCCCUUCCCUCCAGACACACAUUCAGCACCGAGGUGUCUGAAACAGGGGAGCUGCUCCUCCAGCUCUCACCUUCCCUGAGUUCAGGACCGUGCAGGGUCACUCAUGGCUCCAAGUGGCCCUGCACAAACCCCUCCUUUUGCAGGUGUCCCUGUGACCCUGUGCUCUCACUGAGCUGUCACAAAUCCAGCUGCUGAGGGGGGCCCUGAGUGCACCUCUGAACAGGACAUGACCCGGUGCUGAGCAGGUGCCUGGGCCAGGUUGGGUUUGAGGUCAGCCCAAGGUGACUCCAAAUGCAGUGCAGAGAUCUGUCCCUGCAUUUGGCAUUCUCAUCCCAACGCUCCAAAUCUUGUUUUAACCAUCUCCUCCUACCCAGAACCAUUCCUCCUUGUGGUGUGGUUCAGUCACAUCCCUUGUCAUCUGAUGU